CAAUCCCUCACACAAGUCACAUCUCUCCCUCUCCCUCUCCCUCUUAAACUCUGUUUCCUUAGAAGAACAGGAAACAAAAAAAGCCCCUUUGUGGAUCUGUUCUUCGCAUUCUGCUUUUAACUACUUUGGUUUGGACUCUUCAAAAUUUCCUUUUUCUGAUUUGAGUUGGGGUUUUUGGGUUUAUUUUUUGGUUGAAUCAAUAGUAAGCAAAAGAAAGUAAUGGCAACUGUUAAUGGGUACCAAGGAAACACACCAGUGGCCACUAGCACUGGAUCGAAACAUCCUGCCCCCACUGCUAAGACUGCUGAUGCUCAAUCUGUUCUUAAAAGGUUGCAAUCCGAGUUGAUGGCUUUGAUGAUGGGUGGAGAUUCUGGAAUAUCAGCAUUCCCAGAAGAAGACAACAUAUUUUGCUGGAAAGGAACAAUUACAGGAAGCAAAGACACAGUGUUCGAAGGAACAGAAUACAAGCUAUCUCUUUCCUUCUCCAAUGAUUACCCUUUUAAGCCUCCAAAGGUUAAGUUUGAGACUGCCUGUUUCCAUCCAAAUGUUGAUGUCUUUGGCAACAUUUGCUUGGACAUUCUUCAGGAUAAAUGGUCAUCUGCUUAUGAUGUAAGAACCAUACUGCUAUCCAUCCAGAGUCUGCUUGGAGAACCCAACAUUAGCUCACCUUUGAACACCCACGCAGCUCAACUUUGGAGCAACCAAGAAGAAUAUAGGAAGAUGGUUGAGAAGUUGUACAAACCUCCUAAUGCAUAACUUGAGAAAUCAAAACAGGAGUUUUGUUAUGUUUUUUUCUUCUUCUUAUUAUUAUUUUUUUCUUAUUGAAGAAACGAGAACAUGAAAUUUGUCAUUUUUCUACAGCAUGUAUGAUUUUACUUUACUAUUGAAUGUGAUAAUGAUAAAAGCUCUUCUUUCUCGAAA